AGGUCUGCAGUGUCCUUCCGGUUUGCGGCCAAAAAGCAGCGGAAGCGCGUCAUUCUCAAAAAUGGCGACUGCAACGUGCAGCUCGACAAAAUCAGCAACCAACGGUCUCGGUACCUCGCGGACAUUUUCACCACCCUAGUGGACGCCCAAUGGCGCUACACCCUGGGUGUCUUUGCGUGUUCUUUCAUGCUCAGCUGGCUCGUGUUCGCCGUCGUGUGGUACCUCAUCGCCUACCGACACGGCGACCUCGAUGGCGCCGCCGAGGACCAGGUGCCAUGCGUCAAGGAAGUGACCAGCUUUGCGGCUUGCUUCCUGUUCAGCGUGGAAACCCAGCACACGAUCGGCUACGGGUUCCGCCACACGACGGAACAGUGCCCCGAGGCCAUGUUUGUCAUGUGUCUCCAGAGUAUUGUUGGUGUCAUGAUUCAAGCUUUCAUGGUCGGUAUGGUUUUUGCAAAACUAUCUCGGCCGAAGAAACGAGCGCAAACGUUGCUGUUCAGCAAGCGUGCCGUCGUUUGCCAACGUGACGGGCAGAUGGCGCUCCUAAUGCGUGUCGGUGACAUGCGCAAGUCGCACAUCAUUGAGGCGCAUGUCCGGGUCCAGAUGAUUCGUCGCCGAGUGACGGCGGAAGGCGAGGUGAUCCCCUACGACCAGCGAGAACUGAACGUGGGCUACGACACCGGCGAGGACCGCCUCUUUUUCAUUUGGCCCACGACCAUAGUGCACAUGAUUGACGAGAACAGUCCGUUCUACUCCAUGUCCGCCGCUGACCUGGUCCACUCCAGGUUCGAGGUCGUCGUCAUCCUCGAGGGCAUCAUCGAGUCCACGGGCAUGACGACCCAGGCCAGGACCUCGUACCUGCCCAACGAGAUAUUUUGGGGUCAC